AUGUCAAUCUGCAACUAUCAAAUGCAAUCCAAGGUGCGUCUGCAUCCUUUGGUGCUAUUCCAAAUUAUCGACGCCUACGAGCGUCGUCCGAAAUCGGCUAAAAUGUCGGUCGGAACGUUGUUGGGACGCAGGGACAAGGGCAACGACAUUGUUGAUAUAACCAACAGCUUUACGGUGCAGCACAAGGAGCAGCAGAUCGGUGAUGUGGAGCAAUUCAAGCUGGACACUCAGUACGCCAGCGAGAUGUACGAGCUGAACCAGAUCACGUAUCCGCAGGAGAAGAUCAUCGGUUGGUACAGCACCGGCAAAACAUUGUCCCGCUCGGCAGCCGCAUUGCAUGCGUUCUACUCACGGGAGUGCGGGGAGAUGCAACCGUUGCAUUUGCUGGUGGACACAACGUUGCGCGCUGGACGAAUGAGUACCCGCCUCUAUUGCGCAGUCGCAAUGGGCGUGCCCGGCGGUACCAAGGGCCUGUUGUUCACACAGCUGCCGGUACUGCAGCUGGACACCGAAGGUGAUGAGUCUGUGGCAUUGCGGAUGAUGCAGAAGUACGCCUUGCAGCCGACCAAACAGCAGGGUCGCAUGCUGCCCGAACUGGUGCAUGUGGUGGAGGCCAUCAAGGAGCUGGAACUGAAGCUGGAGCUCGUGUUGCGCUACAUCAACGAUGUCCUUGGCCGCAAACGUCUGCCGGACAACCAUGUGGGACGUGCUCUGCACGAUGUCCUGACCUCGGUGCCCUUAUUGGAUGCGGAGAGCUUUCGUCUCAUGUUCAACUCCAAUGUGCGGGACAUGCUGAUGAGCAUUACACUCUCCACCAUGAUCAAGACCCAGAUGGAGCUCACCGAAAAGUUGUCCUGCCUGCCAGAUCAUUAACUUCACAAAUAACAAUACCAAAAUACUAUGAAGACUUACAUUGUUUCGUAAUUAUUUUAACUAAACUGGGUCUUUAUUAGAAUGUUUGUCUGUCUUUCACUUUCAUUCUUAUAAAAUAAAGAAUCACUUAUUUAGCAAUU